AUAGAAUUUAUAAGUUUUCUAUAAUCCAUUUGACUGAAUACGCGCAUUAUUUUAUUUUCGGUAUAUUUAAUCAUUUCGAUAUUGUUACAAUUGUGAAAAAUGGAUAAAGAAACGACUUUGUCGAUACCAACAUUUUAUUCUGGAAGAAGUAUAUUUAUCACAGGCGCAUCAGGAUAUUUGGGAAAAGCGUUGAUAGAAAAAUUGCUGAGAUCAUGCCCCGAUACGCGAGAAAUAUUCUUAUUAAUGCGCCCGAAGACCAAUAUGUGCAUUGAGGAAAGACUCCAGCAAAUACUGGCAAACUCGUUAUUUGAUAGAUUACGCAACGAACGACCCCAUUGUUUCAAAAAAUUGAUUCCGUUGAAGGGUGAUAUCAAAAUCGAGGGAUUAGGUUUGUCAUCUGUUGACAGAAACACUUUGAUCGAAAGGGUAUCUAUAAUAUUUCACGUAGCGGCGAAUGUGAGAUUCGAUAAUACACUAAAGAAGGCUAUAUUUAUAAACCUUCGGGCGACAAGAGACAUCUGCGUUUUAAGCAAAAGUUUAAAAAAUUUGAUGGUUUUGGUGUAUGUCAGCUCGACUUAUUCGCAAGUCGAUAAAUUCGUCGUCGAUGAGAUCGUAUAUCCAAUGGAAAUCGACUGGAGAAAAACAAUUCAAAUUGCCGAAACCAUGGAUGAUUAUGUCUUGGAGGUAUUUAAAUCAAAAUAUUUAGGCGCAAUGCCGAAUACAUACACAUUUACCAAAAAACUUGCGGAACAGGUGAUAACUGAUUAUUCCGAAUCACUGCCAUGCGUGAUUUGCAGACCAUCUAUAAUUUCACCAGCGAUAAACGAACCUGCAAAAGGCUGGUUGGAAAACUUUAACGGUCCAGUGAGACUGAUGGUCGGUUGUGGAAAAGGGAUAGUACGAGUGUUUUACAAUAAUCCAUUUGCUUCUGACAAUUAUAUACCAAUUGACACUGUUGUUAAAGCUAUGAUUGUUGCGACAUGGAAGCGUGGCGUGAUGAACAAGAACAACGAUAUGGAAAAUAUUCAUCCACUCGUUUAUAAUUGCUCGACUGAUCAUAACACGAAUCUAUCACGCUUAACAAUGUUGCAAAUGAGCAAGCGAAUCCUCCUUUCGGAGAUUCCUUUUGAAAACAUAAUCUGGACUCCUGAAACAGUUAUGAUACAGAAUCAUUUUUUUUAUAGAAUAUUAGUAUUACUGCUGCACGUGAUACCGGCCAUAUUUAUCGACGGAUUAUUACGAAUUGUAGGCAAAAGUUCUAGAUUAUUGAAACAAUAUAGGAAAAUAUUUACAGUUAACAAUCAUGUCGCGCAUUUUUUAUUCAACGAUUGGGACUUUCGAAAUCAAAAACUAUUAAGUUUAUCAAAUGAAAUACCGCUUGGCAAUCAACAAGAUUUUGGGUUUAUGGCAGACGUAAAUUACAAUGGUGACAAGCUACUGUAUUAUAAAAAUUGUCUAAUUGGAGGUAAAAUUUUUCUUUUAAACGAGAGCAUGGAUCAAACAAAGUUAGAUGCAACGAGAUUCCAUCAUAAAAGAAUGCUUUGGAUAGACAGAAUUGUGAAAAUAUUAAUCGGCAUUGUCUUCGUAUGGAUAAUAUGGACUCGAUAUAUGAACAUGUAUUGAUUGUUCUACGAGAGAUAAUUUGGCUUCAUAAAUAACCGUGG